GAAUGCCCCUAAGGAAGGGAAGAGCGAGGCAGGUGAUGUGACCGCUGGGACCACCAGCGCUGGGGCCAGAUGUGGACUUUGGAGGUUCGGGUUCCCCUACACCCUGAGAUCGUGGCGCGGGAUGGGGUGAGGAAGGCUGCAUGGGUGCGAACGGAAGGCGGCCCCCAGACCGCAUUUCGUGGACGCGCUCACCAGCAGUUGAGGUUGAAAAUCCGCAGUCGCAGGGAGAAGUUGGGCUUCAUGUCUGGGGCACUCCAGGGGCGCAAGGCGGCUCUAGCUCCCCAGCGACGGCCGCGGUGGGGACGGGGGCGGCCGGCGGCGCCUUCUCCCUGGCCCGUUCCUUCCUCGCAGGCGGCGCGCACAGGUGGGCACCAAGCUCGCGCGGCUCAGGCCGGGCCCGACUCCCGCGUUCCCCCGACAACCGGCCGGCUGGUUCCAAUCAGGCGGGCCGCCAACCCGGAAAGACGAUCCGCUGCCGAAAUCCGGGUGCCCAAGCUCGGCGAGGGCCGCGCGCCAGGCCCCUGGGGGUCCGCAGAGCGCCCCCAGGUGGGCGGCUCCCGGUUCCUUUCCCUCUAAGCUCGUCCCCGGCCGCCGCCGCCCGCGCGCCGGCGGCCCAGCAACAGGCUCAAAGUUGAGGAAAGGCCGGGCCGCCACGGGCCGCCCUCGGCCCCGCCCCUGGGCCCCGCCUCCUGCGAGCGGCGGAGGCGGGGCCGCGCAGUUGCCGGAGCGACGCGCAGUGUUUGGGGUCACCCGGCGUCCCCGCGCGCGGCCAUGGCAAGGCCGCAGCCUUGCGGGCCCCAGCAAGCCAGGUGCGGCUCGCCGUCGCUGCCCGAGCGGCCGCUGCAGGUGAAGGUGGUGGGGCUCUUCAGCUGCCCCAACUUUCAGAUUGCGAAGAGCGCCGCUGAGAAUCUGAAGAAUAAUCAUCCAUCCAAAUUUGAAGAUCCUAUAUUAGUUCCUCUUCAAGAAUUUGCAUGGCAGCAAUAUCUACAGGAGAAAAAAAGGGAACUCAAAAAUGAAACCUGGGAAUAUUCCUCCUCUGUGAUGUCUUUUGUUAAUGGUCAGUUCCUGGGUGAUGCAUUGGGUCUACAGAAAUGGGCCCACGAGGUGUGGGAUAUAGUUGACAUUAAACCCUCUGCACUUUAUGAUGCACUCACUGAGGAUUUUUCCACAAAAUUCUUAAGAGAUACCAAGCAUGAUUUUGUGUUUUUAGACAUUUGUAUUGAUUCUUCUCCAAUUGGAAGAUUGAUUUUUGAGCUAUACUGUGAUGUAUGUCCCAAAACAUGUAAAAAUUUUCAGGUCUUGUGCACAGGAAAAGCAGGGUUUUCUCAACGUGGCAUAAGACUACAUUACAAAGAUUCCAUUUUUCAUCGAAUAGUACGGAAUGGCUGGAUACAAGGAGGGGAUAUAGUGUAUGGAAAAGGAGAUAAUGGAGAGUCGAUUUAUGGACCAACAUUUGAAGAUGAAAACUUUUCAGUUCCUCAUAAUAAAAGAGGAGUACUUGGAAUGGCCAACAAAGGCCGUCACAGCAACGGGUCACAAUUCUAUAUCACACUGCAAGCAACUCCUUAUCUAGAUAGAAAAUUUGUGGCUUUUGGGCAAUUGAUUGAAGGAACAGAAGUGCUUAAACAACUAGAAUUAGUUCCAACAGAGAAUGAAAGACCAAUACAUAUGUGUAGAAUUACUGACAGUGGAGAUCCUUAUGCUUGAUUUUCAUAUCAAUAUUUUCUGUGAUAAUUUAUUACUGUGUAUCUGAUCAGCUGUUUGUAGAUUUAAUUAAACAGUACUUGAUAAAUUGUAAUUUGAAAGCCAUGGCAGACACUGUAGGUUGCCUCAUCGACACCCAAUACCUCCCCAUCUUCCUUUCCUGUCAUAGAGACUGUGAAAGGACAAUACUCAGUUUCCUAGACUCCUUCUCAGCCACGGGUGGCCACAAGAGAUGGUUGUGGCCAGUGAGACAGGAGUAGAAUGCCAGUGGUCCUGCCCCUUCCCCUUCAUCCUGUCUGGAAUGUGGAGAGGCUGGAGCUGCAGCUGUCAUCUUGUGGCCAUAAAGAAAAGGCCGAGGCCAGGCGCGGUAGCUCAUGCCUGUAAUCCCAGCACUUGGGAGGCCGAGGCAGGUGGAUCACGAGGUCAAGAGAUCGAGACCAUCCUGGCCAACAUGGUGAAACCCUGUCUCUACUAAAACUAUAAAAAUUAGCUGGGCAUGGUGGCAUGCACCUGUAGUCCCAGCUACUCGGGAAGCUGAGACAGAAGAAUCACUUGAACCUGGGAGGCAAAGAUUGCAGUGAGCCGAGAUUCUGCCACUGAACUCCAGCCUGGCGACAGAGUGAGACUCUGUCUCAAAAACAAAAACAAACAAACAAAAAAACAACAAAAACGGCCAAGUACUGCAGAGAUGUCCGCCCCAAUCUCUUGAGCUGCAGAACCAAUACCAGCAACCACCUACUCUGGACUUCUUAGUAUCUGAGACUAACAGAGCCCUGUAUUGUGGUGUUUAUGUUACUGUUGGUUGAGAAUUUUGUUACUUGUAGACAAAAAAAAUUCUUAAUUUAGCAACAUACUUGAUAGCCUAAGACAUUUGUAAUAAAAUUAUGUUCUUAUUUGUAACUACACGUACUCCCAGGAGAAACUUGGUAAGUAACCAAAUAGGAAUGAUGCAAAAGAAAAAGCAAUUCAUUUUAAUAUUUUAUUGUUUAUACAUAGCAUUCAGAAAGGGUAUCUAUACUUUGGAUGUUUUCAUACAUGACAUGAACAUCAUCCUUAUCUCUCUGAGCCAUACCAACCCUGUGAAAACCAAGGGAUUGUGUUACAGUCUCCGUGGUGGCUGACUUAUGUGAUGUUACUGGAGAUUCAGCUUUAUCACUACUCUGUAGUCUAAAGUUCUCAAGCUCGUAUCACCUGGGGAGCUUUUAAAAUGUAACCUAACAUUGUCCCUGACCUACUGAGGCAGAGUUCCCAGUCGUCGGGCAGAGAUUCUGUGUUUAUUUGGUUCUUUCCCCAGGGUUCCCAGGCAUGGGGCACAGAUUCUGUGUGCAUUUAGCUCUUUCCCCAGGGUUCCCAUUUAGACAGCUGGGCACUAGUCAUCUGGGAAUCACUGCAAGGUAUAAGGAACUGGUUCCAGCCCCCAUGGUGUAGUGUAGUCAGCAGAGUGCUUGACUCUGCUGUUGGUGACCUUGCUCAGCUCCUGUUACACCACUACCCUAUGCCCUUGCUCUGCCCAGACUGAGGGGGCUUUUCUUUUCUUUUUUUUUUUAUUUUUUGAGACGGAGUCUCGCUCUGUCGCCCAGGCUGGAGUGCAGUGGCGCAAUCUUGGCUUACUGCAAGCUCUGCUUCCGGGUUCGCACCAUUCUCCUGCCUCAGCCUCCUGAGUAGCUGGGACUACAGGCGCCCGCCACCACGCCUGGCUAAUUUUUUGUAUUUUCAGUAGAGACGGGGUUUCACCAUGUUAGCCAGGAUGGUCUCAAUCUCCUGACCUCGUGACCUGCCUAAACCUUGGCCUCCCAAAGUGCUGGGAUUACAGGCGUGAGCCACCACGCCCAGCCGAGAGUGCUUUUCUUACGCUAAGCAGAAUGAGGUUUGUCUUCCAAGAACAAUCUCUAUUUACAUCAGUCUUAAAGGGGCAGGCUUCUAAUAGAUAUGGGGCUUGCCAAAAGUAGGCAUAGACUUUUUUUUUCUUUUGAAAUAAUUAUAGAUUCACAGGAAGUUGCAAAAAAAAGUACAGAGCAGUCCUGUGUAUCUUUCACCCAUUUUCCCCAGUGGUUACACUUACAAAACGGUAGUACAAUAUCAAAACCAGGCAGUUGACAUUGGUACAAUGUGUGUAUGCCAUUUUAUCAUGAGUAUAAUCAUGUAACCAAUACUACAGAGAAAAUAUAGAACCUUUCCAGCACCUCAAAGAUCCCCUUCCAGUACCCUUUUAUAGUCACACCCGCUCGCCUGCACCCUGCCAUCCCUAACUCCUGACAACCGGCAUUUGCUUAUUUUUAUGACAGCUUUAUUGCUAUAUGACAUAUGCUUUAUGCUAAGACCUGAGGUGGAUGGGAGGAAGCAGACCGCCUAUGUUACAUUCUCAAUUGACCCAGAGCAGCAUAGUGUUAAGAAUGUGUGUUCUAGAGCCAGACUGCCAGGGUUCAAAUCCUGGCUCUGCCAUUCCCUAGCUGCACAAACUCAGGCAAGAACUUUUCUGUGCCUCAAUUCCUUCAUCCGAGAAACAGUGGUACCUACCACAUAGGAUUGUUGUGAGGGUUCCAUGAAUCAAUAAUUUGUAUAGAGAACCUGUAAGAGGACCUGGUCUGCUGUAAGCGCUCGAUAAAUUUAAUAAUAAAUUACUAAUGUGUAACCAUCAGGGCUGGUCUGCUGUAAGCGCUUGAUACAUGUAAUAAUAAAUUACUAAUGUGUAAUCUUCA